GCAUUAUGGGAAGUAUAGGGCGGCAAGCGGAAGAGGCGGGGCGAGUGGACCAUCCGCUUCCGGAGUCAAGGUUUUCGGGCUUUUGACGGCUUGGCCGUGUGGCCUGCAGUUUUUUUCAGUCUGUCUUCUGCCUUGCCAAGGCCGUAGAGCUGGUGCGUGCGGGUAGCGGGGCGCUCCGAGGAGCCCUACGCCGGCGGCGCCAUGGUCCACCUCACUCCUUUCCUCUGCAAGGCCUACCGUGGGGGCCACGUAACCAUCCGCCUUGCCCUGGGUGGCUGCACCAACCGGCCCUUCUACCGCAUUGUGGCUGCUCACAACAAGUGUCCCAGGGAUGGCCGUUUCAUAGAGCAGCUGGGCUCCUAUGAUCCAUUGCCCAACAGUCAUGGAGAAAAACUCGUUGCCCUCAACCUAGACAGGAUCUGUCAUUGGAUUGGCUGCGGGGCCCACCUCACUAAGCCUAUGGAAAAGCUUCUGGGUCUUGCUGGCUUUUUCCCUCUGCAUCCUAUGAUGAUCACAAAUGCUGAGAGACUGCGAAGGAAACGGGCAUGUGAAGUCCUCUUAGCUUCUCAGAAAACAGAUGCAGAAGCUACAGAUACAGAGGCUACAGAAACAUAAGUGAGCUGACUUUAGUGAGCAUAGCAGUGGGAACAAAGUCAAGGUUCUCUUGAAACACUCUGCAGAGAUCUUAAUUUUGUUAGAUUUGGAGUUCAAUAAAUGGAGUAUCCUGAGUUGCCCUUGCUCUUCUGGCCUGACCUACACAGGGCCCAUGGAGAGAUUUGUUCUUGUGUGACUUAGAGCUGGAUGUGGGUACUAAGUAGCUUUUUUGGACUUUGUCUUGGGAUAGACAGUGGCUAUGGGAGGAUUGGACUUUUGAGUGGGGCUCUGGGUCUCUUGGACAACUUUACAAUCUACUGGCUUCCAAGACAUCCUGCUUCAAAACCCCCAGCCAGACUAUUCAUGGCCUGUUCAGAUCUUCAUGUUCAUCCCACAAGUGUAAGAACAGUUGCCUUUCUUACUGAUUUUGUAAUUGGAGAUUUAUAUUGUCUUGCUUAAUGCAUAUUCUUUUUUUUUUGAGAUAGAGUCUCGCUUUGUUUGUUGCCAGGCUGGAGUGCGGUGGUGUAAUCUCAGCUUACUGUAAUCUCCGCCUCCUGGGUUCAAGCGAUUCUCCUACCUCACCCUUCCGAGUUGCUGGGGAGUUACAAGCGUAUGCCACCACACCCAGCUAAUUUUUAAAUUUUUAGUAGAGAUGCGGUUUCACUAUGUUGGCCAGGAUGAUCCUGAUCUCCUGACCUUGGUGAUCCGCUCACCUUGGCCUCCGAAAGUGCUGGGAUUACUGGCGUGAGCCAGCACUCCCGGCCUUAAUGCAUAUUCUUAAAUAUACAAAUGUAGAUUUGUUACGAGAAUUGCUUUUGGGCUUUAAUAACCUACCUUUUAAGAAUGAGAAACUGCUGGGGUUAAGGGAGUUCAGAAUGAAUCAAGAUUGAACCAUUCAAAUGUGGCUGUGAUUUCUGCAUUUAUCAUAGAUGGGAUCCUUCUGAGAUACUGGAAUAGGGAAUUAGGACACCAAGCCAAUUCAGCUGUGAACCUUAUUCUUGUACUUUUCUUUCUUGCUGGUAAUUUUAUGGAGCCAGUUAAGAAACCUGCUCUGUGUUAGGAUAAACUGUAUACCAAUAAUUUUGACAACCUGUGAUGAGUGAUGCAUUUUACUUCUUGUACCUUUUCCUUCCUACCUCGAUGCCAGUAAUUUAUAAGGGAUCUUUACAGUUUGAAUGUAUUUGAAUAAUUUUAGUACACUUUAGCUCUACUUUUUUAUUUGACUCACAACCAUCCAUAGGUCUCAAGUAUUCCCAUGUGUUUUAAAAGCCUGAAGUCAAUGAGAUGAAAUUCAACAUCAAGAAUUUGAAGUAACUUGUGAGGAAAUAAUAUAAAGAUACCAUUGGGGCAAUGGCUCACACCUGUGAUCUCAGCAGUUUGGGAGGCUGAGGUGGGAGGAUCACUUGAAGCCAGAGUUUGAGACCAGCCUGGGCAACACAGCAAGACCCCGUCUCUACAAAAAAUUUAAAAAUUAGCUGGGUGUGGUGGUGCUCACCCAUAGUUCCAGCUACUCGGGAAGCUGAGGCAGUAACAUCACUUGAGCCCAGGAGGCCGAUACUGCGGUGAACUGUGAUUGUUCCGCUACAGUCCAGCCUGGGUGACCGAGUAAGACCCUGUCUCAAAAAGAAAAGAAAACAUUACGUAAUUUGGCUACAGCAUAAUUUGAUUUUCUGGUUUUUUGAAAAUUUGAGUUGCAAUAAAAGAGUAUUUCAAUGUGCUAUUUC